AUGAAAAUGGCGUCAGAAAAUGAUCAAAACUCAAGUGGAACCACAAUCGUAGCGUCUCGAUUGACAGCUGACGUCACAUUAAAAGAAGAAAAAGAAGAUUCAGGCCUGUAUUUAUGUAAAUCGUCUGUAUUGUGAUGAGCGUGAUUGACAAGUUUGUCUGUGUUUCUUGCCAACUCCCCAAGAGUCAUGUACAACUAAUUCAAACUGGUUAUAUCAAAACGUCAAAAAGAUAGAUCUGAUUGUGUUUCUGUGAACUGGUACCAUUGAAAUUGAAUUCAGACGCCUGGAGAGCUUUGAGGGUACAUUUCAAGGAUUGUAUGCGGAACCUUGACAGGUCAGGAAAAAUACAAAAUUAUGUAUGUACAUAAAAGUGCCCUUAAUUACUGGCUACUGCGACUAUGAAAACUGAUCAUGGGGGUUGGAUAGCCUGCGUCAUGCAAUUUUUUCCGGACUCAACACGCAGGCUAGGACUGUUUCAAAAAAGCAACGACGGUCGGAUCAGACGAUUUUUAUUGCGGUUGACAUAACAGAAAACAGGUUUUGGAAGCUUGAUUGACGAGUUUUAGCUGUUUAAUGUGAUUACCAUCGACUACCAUGACGACCUUUGAGCGGAACAAUCGAGAACAAGGAAGUACRCCAAAAAAGUUGAAGUUUUAAAGUUAUGUCGAUGAAUUUUACAACCACAAGAAAAAGGUAUGUUACGUCAGGAUCUAUUCGUGCUACGACUGAUCGGUAGAAUACCUGUUAAUAGAAAACGCAUUAUUCUUCUUAUAUGCGUUUUAUGUGGGAUUAAUGUUUGGAUCAUCACUUAUCGACUGGAUCAUACUGAAUCCAGUACCCAAAGCAGUCGUCCUUUGGAUGUACCGACGACCAACGCAUCAUUACACGUUAAGACCACACUGCCUACUCCAGCUUGUCAUCAUGUACAGCCUACAAUUGCUAGACCUCGAGAGCAUGCUAUACCGCCUUGCUAUCGUGGUCAAGAGAAGCGAUCGCAAAUGUACAAUCCAUCGACGACGUUCASCGAUGGAACGAAUUUCCCUAUCAUCACACCACACAUUAAACCCAACAUUUCAGACAAAAACUUCUAUUUAGUGGUCGUUGUCAACUCUCAUCCAGGAAACGCAGCUCAUCGAUUGCUGAGAAAGGCAAUACGCGAAUCUUGGGGGAAAGACACAGAAAACAAUUGUACUAUCAAAUGGAGGUUGUUUUUCUCUCUAGGACUGAGCACAGAUAACAACUCAAACGAGUACAACCACCUUGAGGCCAUAAAGCAUAAUGAUGUUAUCAUUGGUCAAUUUAAAGAUAUUUAUACUAAUAUUGCAAUCAAAACUGUCAUGGCGCAUUGGUGGGCGUUUAAUACAUUUUCUUGUCGUUACGUCCUGAAAACUGACGAUGACGUGUAUGUUCGCGUUAAUAAGCUUGUACACUGGUUGUAUAAUAGAGGAUCGCCUGGAUGGUUUUUCGGUGGACUUAUCCACCCUGAACGGGGAAUUGUUCGUGAUCCGAACAGUAAAUGGGGUAAAUGGCAUAUUUCAAGGGAACAAUUCAACGAGUCUCUUUGGCCUCCGUUCUGUUAUGGAGCAUUUCAUGUGCUUUCUACCGAUGUCCUGCCGGUAUUUUUCUACUACACUCAGCUUCGUAAACCGUUUCAUACAGACGAUGCAUACAUAGGUGUAGCAGCACGAGACUUAGGAAUUCAAAUCUCGCAGUUACCUGGUUUCACAAUGGAAAUACCAAGAACUGACUGUCAGUUUCGGGAUAAAAUAGCUAUUGGACAUGACAUAAGCCCGACUAAGAUGAUAGAGAUACACAAGACUUAUGAAUUUCUAGCUCUCAAAAAGAACAUUACAUGCUAGAUAUUGGUGGACAUGCUUAACCGUAUCCCUCAAUGAGAUUAUAGUGAGGACCCUUAUUKCUUGAACCCUUCACAGCCCUCAGCAGCGUCCGACACUCUUCACUCAGGAUUGUGUCAAUGGGGKCAYCUAAAAGUCAGUUAACUACACAGUUUUGGUUCAAAAGUCAAUUAGAUAGAUAGAUAGAUAAACCUUUAUUAACUUAUACCGCUCAGGGUAGCUCCAUCAGAUGCAAAAAGCAAUCUGUUAUCAAUGGGAGCCCUGAGCAUAACAAUAUAAACUACAAUAUAAUAUAUAUAUGCAUUGUACAUUAUAAGUAUCACUAGAAAUAUGAUGAUAGAUAGAAAAUAUUAAUGGUAAAAAGAUAUUUGCAUAAAUACUAAAUUCUAUUUGGAUAAUUCAUUAAAAAGAGUGMAACCAUA